UGAUAAUGGAAAAGCCAGAGGGAAUGAUGGGAAAAUAUUUCACAUUAGCAACUGAAAAUACUUUGCAUAAACUUGACAGACUGACAAGAUGCAACAACACUAGUAAAGUAACCUUAAAGGUUGUAAUUACCAUAUUCAUUAACCAUGGUAAUUGCAUGAUACUACAUGUGUACUGUAUAUGUGGCACUUUUUAGUAAGAGCAUUAAAUAAUUUAAAUGACCAUUGGUUAUAAUUAUGAUUUCAAAGGCAGAACGUUCAUAGACGGGUAAAACCCCAAGCACAAACGAUGUUUGAGAUCUGUUGUUGACAGGGUGGAGUGCAUUUGUUGGAUAUCCGUAACCAGACUAAUAAUAUAUGCACCAGGUAAGCCAGUCAAUGGAAAACCUGCAGAGGGGUGAGGGAGGGGCAGGAAAUGUCUCACUGAAGAUUUUUUUUCAUGUUUGAAAGCUGCCAAAAGUCUUUUUGUUUGCCCUUUAAGCAACAGCUUAAAAGAAUACAGACCAUAAAAACCAGUGAGCAUUAAACGAUAAAGCGGUUCAUGAAUUCUUCAGUGCUUAACAAUAAUAUGAAUAUGAUUUAAUAAAAAGGAGCAUUUACAGAAUGCAUAUGAGGGCCUGGGAUCAAAGAUAGAUGUCUAAAAUAACAAUGAUUUAAAUGUAAAGGUGUUUCUUUAUAUGACACUUUAAUAUCCUAGUAGUUGAUUUUUUUUUAAACAUAUUAUAUUUUUAUUAUUAUUUUCAAAUAUUCAUAUUCAUUUAAAAAUUCAUAUAAAAAUGUGUUAAAACUUUUUACUAUAUAUUUUUUUUUUAAAUACAGGAUACAUAAAUAUCAUGUAAAUCACAAAAUACUGUUAACACAUUAUUUGAAAUUAAUGACAUUUGUUGGUUGAGGGAAAAAUAGACAAACAAAUGACUUCUCCUGUCAAGCAUGUACGUACACUGUUGGGCAUUGUUAACACUAAUUAAAUAAACUGUGAAAAGUGAGUUUUAAGAGACCACAUGGCCAAAAAAAACUUUAAAAAUUUAAGAAACGCCCAUACAUAAAUUGAAAGGGUGUCCCUUUUCAAAGCCUCACACUAUGGAAGUAAAAGUGAUAAGAAGUGAAAAUACUUUCAAUCUCAGUUAUCUCAGACAAAGAGUACAUGAGUUGAAGACUAGUUAAUUUUUUACAGUGAUAAAACUGAUAAUAACUCUCAAGUUCAAUACUCUAAUCUUUUUUUAAGGACGCACUUCCUUUUCUCCAGAGUCUGGAAUAAUGGAGUGACUAAGACUAAGAUAAUAAAUAUGUCCUGAUUACCGCCCACACUCGAGCCUGAAAAAAAAAAUCAUUGUGUGAAUGGGGGCUCAGGACAUACCUGAAAAUGCAUGCAGAGUCAGAUAAUGUUCAACUAAAAAGCAGGUUAGAGUUAGUAUUUUUAAUCAUUUAGACAAAUACUGACUCAUUUCAGAGUUCCUAUUCUGGACCUUAACCAAGUACAGUUUCAUUGUAUUGCCUAAAUGAACACUGAGGGGAUUUACAGCAUUUUAAAUGAAAGGUAAGUGAUGACAUGCUUCUCUUUUAGUAUGAAUUGAAAGAUGCAUUUCAUCUGCUCAGUUUCCAGCUGUAGUCUUUCCACAUUUCAGUCAUUGACUCCUACACUGCAGCUGUCAACAGAGUUCAGACAGCGAAAUACACAUAUAAUACAAUCUUCUGUCUGACAAUGCCCACAGAAGCCAAAUGCUGCAACAGCAGCCACAAGCACAUGUACUUUUACAGCAUGUGCGCGCACACACAGCUAGCUGUGAUCUGUACCUGCUGCAUGACCCGGCAUGACUCCCCAUUCAAGAAAUUGUCUGACCCUUAAGUUUUCUAAACGAUAACUGAUGUCAAAGUACAGGAGUAAUCAUAUAACAAGCACCCUUAAAACAAUCCACUGCUAAACAACAAGAACAUUUUUAAAUAUUGUCAAUUUAAAACUUGUUGUUCAUUUAAAAUGUAAUUUUGCAAAGCUUAGCUCAUAGAAAUAUUUAUUUAAUAUAUUUCAUUUAAUUUAAUAUAUUUAAUACAUUUCAUUUCAUUUAAAAUAUUUCAUUAGAUGUUCUUUGUGGAACUUCUCCUGUGGCAAUAGAGCUAUAUAAUCCCAUUCAUUUUCCAACUGGAAUCUUUAUGGAGAGUUCUAAGUCGCUUCAGUAAGAAAACAUCUGCUAAGCACAUAAGUAUAAUGCAAAUGUAUCAAACUCACUGGAAUAAAAUAGGGCUACUACAUGGCUUUCUUUUUGAGGUGAGGGGUUAAAGUGAGAGUAAACAGUGCUUCCCUCACAGUUACUUAAAGCUCAUGAGUCACCACUCAGUCCAGUCAGAACCUCUCACACACCCUGGCAAGGCCGCAUGGUUGCUGUGGAAACCAAACACUACCAAACAGCUCAGCACCCAAUGAGUGUACACGUCCAUCUGCAUUCACAGAGUGAUAGAUGCUUACAGGAACUCAUGAGGGCUACUGGAACCCUGGGACUCUCUGAAAUAAGAUCAUCGCCUUCUGCCGACUUCCCCACAAACCUUAUGAAAUGAAUGAAUAUGACUCACAAAGCCUUUCUCUAAACCCUUAACUUGUUACGCAUCAUCAGUGAAAGAACAUCAUUGGCUUCGAUGUCUAUCUGUCUUUAAACCACACCCUUAAUGGGUCUGAACAUGCCUCUUGCCUAAGCCCGGGCAUUGACUAAAGUCUACUACCAUAGAGACAGCAAGAUAAACAAUAGAUUAUCAUACUGACAAUCACUGGAUGACAAAUACAUUGCUUCUAAAUAAACUAUAAGGAUGUACAUAUACUCUAUCAGUGGUAGUGAACAGUUUGAAAUGGUUUCUCUCUGGAGUUCGGAUAUCUUUAAAGUACAGUGAUAUUGGACAAUUCAAGUGCAAAGGACAAAUGAGGAUGCAUGAUAAGUAACUAGAUUUUAUGAUGGGUAGUUACUUCUUAGUUUUAUAUAGAUGAUCUUUUCUCUGACAUAAUGUGAUUAGUUAUUGCCAAACUGUGUUUGAAUGAAUGAAUAAAACCUACAGCAUCUUACAUUUAAUAUUGAAGAUUUGCACAUUGCAUGCUGAAAACUAUAAAUGCAAUUAGAGAUGCAUAAUAUAUUGGUAGGCUACCAUAUUGGUUAUUAGCCAAUAUUCAAGAUUUUUUUAAUUUACUGGUAUCGACUAAUACUGUAUGUUUAAUGUUCAUACUUCAUGUUUUUACAGGGCAGUCAUGGCCUAGUGGUUAGAAUCAGACUGGUAACCUGAAGGUUGCAAGUUCGAUUCUCAAUAUCAACAGGAAAUAACUGAGGUGCCCUUGAGCAAGGCACCUAACCCCCAAUCACUCCCAGAGCGCCACAGCAAAAUGGCUGCCCACUAAUCCAGGUCAGCUGAUCCAACAACCAAGUGUGAUCCCCAUGUGGUCUUCAUCCAGACAGUAAUCCAUCUAUCAUGAACUCAAGCACUGAAGCUCCAUUCACCAACCCCACAGACUGCGCUGAGGUUAAGGUCCCCAGUCAGGUUUUCCUGGCCAUCGCCGUCGCCAGUCUGAGCGAGAACCUCUUGGUGAUUGUGGCCGUGAUCAAAAACAAGAACCUUCACUCUCCUAUGUACUGCUUCAUCUGCAACCUGGCUUUGUUUAACACCAUCUCCAGCCUCUCCAAGGCAUUAGAAGACGUCCUGCUCUUGUUUAUAGAUGCCGGACACCUGAACUCCCGUGGCCCUUUUGAGCUGAAGAUAGAUGACAUCAUGGACUCUCUAACCCUGAUGGGCUUCCUGGGCUCCAUUUUCAGCAUUCUCGCCAUAGCCGUGGAUCGGUACAUCAGCAUAUUCCACGCUCUACGCUAUCACACGCUUAUGACAAUGCGUCGUGUAGUGGUUAUUUUGUCCGCUAUCUGGGUGUUGUGUGGGACCAGCGGAGCGCUCAUGAUCGGAUUCUUUGUGGCCGCCACAGUGCAAAUCUUCUUCGUUGUGCUCUUCUUCACAGCUCUGCUCCUGAUCCUCUUGCUCUAUGUGCAUAUGUUUCUGCUAGCACGGCACCACGCCAACAGGAUCGCGUCUAUGCCAGGCGCCCAGGCACGCCAUAGGCAAAGUGGCUUGAGGGGGGCGCUGACCCUCACCAUCUUGAUUGGAGUGUUUGUGGCCUGCUGGGCUCCUUUCUUAUUUCAUCUGCUGAUUAUGAUGAUUUGUCCGGAGAACCCAUACUGUGAGUGCUACCGCUCGCUCUUCCAGCUGCAUGUUGUGCUGCUAGUGAGUCACGCGGUCAUUGAUCCAGCCAUUUAUGCUUUCCGUAGUGCAGAGCUGCGCAAUACCUACAAGAUAAUGUUCCUGCACUCAGCUGCAAGGAUCUGUAAACAGUGUGUCUGAGCGACGGCCCCGAUAUACUCAUGAUUCUUUUUCUUUCUUCAUUUAGUGGUAAAAAGAAGUUUGAUAUACCUUUGCAGCAGUAUGCUGUUAGAGAACAUCUCGAUGCCACCCACACUGCUGAUGAGUAUGUAAAUAUGUGCUGUACUUUCCUCUCAAUAACAAAAAUGACAACGCUGAGAAAGCAGAAGUUAAGAAAGCAUCUGAUUAUAUCACAAUAUGUUUGCUCAAGCUCUCAGGUCACAUCACAUUUAUUAGCACUUUAUACAAUAGAUAUAGCCUAUACAAUAGUGUAGCUUUCAAUUUGAAGUACAACUUCAAUUUCUACUAUUGAACAGCUUUCCAGUGUGUUUGUUUUUACCCAUGUCUGACCUUGAUAGACUGAACAGAAGAAAUGAGCCGGAGAAGAUUUCCACCUCAAAGAAGGCGGAGCCCCAGAGCACAAUUGCCACAGACCAUUGAUUGUUCAAGGGCGUUUACCUUUUCCAGAAAGUUCGCUUUGGCAAGCUUUCACUCUCCUGAAACAAACUCCAAAUGAACUUCAUUUAGGCCUGAUUUUGUUCGUAAUGACAUCUCACCAGUUCGUUCUUUGAUUUUGCUUGAAUUACAACAAGGCCUUUAGUGCUUCACACUGCAGGAUAGAUUUUUGAUCCACGGGUAUUAAAAAAAUCACAACAACAUUUAUAUAAAACAAACUAUCCAAUAACACUACACAAGAAGUUCAUUAUACCUAAUAUAUGAACUAAUGUAAAUGAAUUGAACAUUAUUGUAAAGUGUAAUCAAGUCUUUCAGUGUUUAAUACAGGAAAUUCUCAUAUUUGUUCACAAACACUGUAGCUCAUUAAACGGUAUGUCAUUUAUCAGAUAUCAUCGCUUAGAAAUCUACAUAUCACAUACAGUAAGUUCAACUGUAAAGAAUUACCAGCAUUUUUUACUUCUGCAGUUAAAGGACAAAAUCAGAAGACUAGAAAAAAUGUCCACCAUUUACAUGCAUAAAUUACAUACACAACACAUUUGCAUUACACACAAUUUAAAAUGGAGUUUUCAUGCUUUUUUUUUACUUAAGAAACAUUCUUUCUGAAACAAUACAAAUGUAAUAAAAUGCCCUUACUGUAUUUUUGUGUGUGAU